CCGGGACUGGGUCUCCUCGGAGCAGCCGGGCCCGCUUCCUCCCGCCUGGGUUCCGCCCAGGGGCCCCCGCGUCUCUCCGCCUGCACCCAAGGAGUUGGGCGAGAAGGGAAAUGACUGAACUGAGGUUACCAGGAACGUUCACUAAAAUGGGAUUUGGACUCAGGAUUGUCAAGACCAAAGCCAAUGAAAUAUGUACUGAACUACGCUGGCUCUCACAUUGAGCCCGAUCAUGGCUGGAGAUUCUAGAAUCUUCAUGAACCAGGACAUGGAAAUUGGUGUCACCCCCAGAGAGAUCAAGAAGAUUCCCAAACAAGCCCGAGAUGACAUCCCAAUUGCUACUGAUCGAACUCGCCUUUUAGCAGCAGAAAUCAAGAAACCACGACAGCGCUACAUGCAAAAAAGCGGCAAGUGCAAUGUCCACCAUGGAAAUGUCCAGGAAACUUACCGCUAUCUUAGUGACCUUUUUACUACCUUGGUGGACCUCAAAUGGCGUUUCAACCUUCUUGUAUUCACCAUGGUUUACACUAUCACUUGGUUGUUUUUUGGCUUCAUUUGGUGGCUCAUUGCUUACAUUCGAGGAGAUCUAGAUCAUGUAGGAGAAAAGGACUGGAUCCCUUGUGUUGACAAUCUCAGCGGGUUUGUCUCAGCAUUUCUGUUUUCCAUUGAGACUGAAACCACGAUUGGGUAUGGCCACAGGGUUAUCACUGAAAAAUGCCCUGAAGGCAUCAUCCUGCUUUUAGUUCAGGCUAUACUGGGAUCCAUAGUCAAUGCAUUCAUGGUAGGGUGCAUGUUUGUGAAGAUCAGCCAACCAAAGAAGAGGGCAGAGACCCUCAUGUUUUCCAACAAUGCUGUGAUUUCCAUGAGGGACGAGAAACUGUGUCUUAUGUUCCGGGUUGGGGACCUGCGGAACUCCCACAUUGUUGAGGCUUCCAUUAGAGCCAAGCUGAUCAAAUCCAAACAGACCAAAGAAGGGGAAUUCAUUCCUUUGAACCAAACAGACAUCAAUGUGGGUUUUGACACCGGGGACGACCGCUUGUUUCUGGUGUCGCCACUCAUCAUCUCUCAUGAAAUCAAUGAGAAGAGCCCGUUUUGGGAGAUGUCCCAUGCCCAGCUGGAGAAAGAGGAGUUUGAAAUCGUGGUCAUUUUGGAGGGAAUGGUGGAAGCAACUGGAAUGACCUGCCAGGCACGCAGUUCUUACAUGGACACAGAAGUGCUUUGGGGCCACCGUUUCACCCCUGUGCUUACCCUGGAGAAAGACUUUUAUGAAGUUGACUACAACAGUUUCCACAAUACCUAUGAAACCAACACGCCCAUGUGCUCUGCCAAAGAACUGGCCGAAUCCUUCCAGGAAGGACGUCUCCUCAGCCACCUCUCCAGUGGCAACCUUCUGAGCGGAGGGGAAACUGAUAAGGCCAAAGAGGAAGAGGGAGAAUAUCAGGAAGAGGAGAGGGAGAAGAAUAAAGAGGAAGGUCAAGAGCUGGCUGAGUUGAACGGUGCCAAUGGGACAGCGGGUGAGGUGAAAGGCAGGGUGUCCUUAUAACACAGAAACUUGCCAAACAAUAGACAAUUCGGAUGCACCGAACAUGCAGGAGGUGCAAGGGAGACGGAAAACCGAAGGCUUAGAAGAUGAUGCUUUUGUUGUCAAUUUAACACUGAACACAGACAAGUCCUUCCCGUUAUCUGGGCGUCUUCCCUUCUAGCUACAAAACUACAGAGAUUUAAAUGGUUUGAGAUCCAUGGACCAAAAAUGUGCUUGAUGAUGAAUGUUGAAAUUUCAUUGUUCGUUUCUCUGAAUGCUUCUCUUCAGGUGGUGGGAGGGUGUGCAUUUUAAAGGAAUGUAGCUACAGUUUCCCCCCCACCCCCAAUGCUUAAUAAUAAUAUAACAGUUCAUUUGUAUACCACUCUUCUGGACAGAUUAGUGGCCACCCAGAGCAGUGAACAAAGCCAGUGUUAUUAUACCCACAAUUUAGCUGGGGAGCUGAGGUUGAGAGGAAUGGCUUACUCAAGGCCACUCAAGGUCAUCCAAAACAUAAAGGUAUUCACGGCAGUAGUGAGAUUUGAACCAGCAAAGUGCUGCAUCACAGCUCAGUUACUUAAUUACUACGCUGCUCCAGCUUAACAAGGUUGUACAUUAUGGACAGUGAGAUUGCUGAAUUAGAAGAGAGAAGGGGAGGGAGUUGGGAUGGGUAACUUUUGUAUCCAGCCAAGCAUGUCUUGAAUUACCUGUGGGCCAGUACAUUGGGUGGUAGUUUGCCUUCUGGAUCAUAUCCACUGUGACUCCAAUCUAUAGGCACUUGAAAUGCCGUGAAAUGGUAGACCGGAUCUCAGUGCUGGAGACAGAUAACAUCGAGGCUUCUGAUCCUCCUUAGUUUUAUGGCUUCUGUAAACUAUAAAAGUGCCCAGUAAGAUCCAGUCUUCAACGGGGUAAGAAAUUUCCCAAAUGAUCUUAUUAAAAAACGUCUCAUGUUAUGCUACAACCAACCCAUGUCUCCUGGCAAGUAUACAUUCAGCAGGAAGCCACAGCCAAGAAAUCUGGAUUUUGUUAUUAAAGCUAUUAGGUAAAAUCCUCCUCCUCCUCCACGUUUAUAUCAUACAUUUAAAACAUCGUAAAGGACUUUAUAGCCUUUCGAUUGCAUUGAUCAACAACAGCUCUGUGAGAU